UGAAACAUUGAAAACGCAACAUAACUUCACAACAAAUACUAAAUUGCAAAUAUAACUAACUGUAAGAGACAAUUCUGUUGCGUGCAAGAAUAAUCCUGUGCGAACGCGAUCUCCACACUGCCGCCCACAUUGCUGCGCAGGUACGCCGAACAGCAGCAGCAGGUGUGUGUGCGCACUUAUGCAAAAACAACAGUAACAACAAAGCGUGAAGAGAGAAAAGUAGCAAUAAUAGCAAACAAACUCACAACCACAAAUAUAAAAAAAAAGAACUCAGCCGCAAAAGCGUGCAGCAAAAAUCAGGGAAAUAAAAAACAAAACAAAAACACGAAAUUAAAUCACAAAAACUGAAACGAUGGCUGUUGUCUUUUAUAUGCCCGAGGGCGGCGGCGAUGACUCUGCAUCGUCAUCGAGUGGCGGUCACGGCAGUGCGGGCAGCGGCAGCGCUGCUUCGUCGACAUCACAAUCGCCCAACACAACCACGUCGGCCACACAAACGCCCAUGCAGAGUCCGCUACCGCCGCAUUUUAUGAUGGCCUUCUACCAGUAUAUGAAUGCUACCGCCUUCCAGUAUCCCCCACCAGCCAGUCCAUGCUGUCAAGUACACAGUCCCUCACCAUACACAGGUAGCGGCAGCGGCGGCGGUGGUGGUGCCGGUGUCGGCAAUGGCGAAGUUUUUUUCCCACUCAGUCUUAGUACACCACGUACCCCACGUACCAGUGUCAGUUAUGCUGCUGGUGAAGAGAAUACCUUCUUUCGUCAUCACAACAUCAGUGGCGGUUGCAGCAGCGCAUCACACCUACAACCACCGCAAUCGGCACCACCGAUGCCGUCGAGUAGUCACAAUGGUGCACAUAGUCAACCAGCGCCACAACAACAAUACCAACAAUAUACAUAUCCAUACUAUCAAUAUACACCACCGCCGACACCGCUCACCGCCAAUGCGAGCACCUGCACCGGCAAUGUUUUCGGGGCGACGGAAGCGACAACGCACCAACGCGGUUGUGUAGCAACAGCGUCGACAUCAACAUCGACGACAUCAUGUGGUAUGGGCGGGCAUUCGCGUUUGCAUCGCAGCCUCUCAGAUGCGCAGAAGCGCUCUCGUCGUACAUCAACCACCAACGAUGAUGAACGCGAAUAUCAUAGCGAACACGAGACCAGCUGGGAUGAGUUCGAUGACCGUUAUGAUAAUUUUACAGCCGGCCGUGAACGUUUGCAGGAAUUUAAUGGACGAAUACCGCCACGAAAGAAGAAAAAGGAUGUGCCAAAAUCAAAGUACGAGAAGAAGGUGAGAGAAAGUCCAUUCAAGGGCUUUAUCUGGCCCACUGUCGUCACAGUCAUCGUUGUUGCAAUCGGUUGUGGCUUCCUUGUUACGCGAUGAGUGCACCAAAAGUGAAGUUCCAGCGGCAACAGCCUCAGCAAUACUUACAAUUUAAAAAGCAAGCAGCAGUGAAGCAAUGCAAAAACAAAUAAUUAUUUACACUGAAAAAAAAAAUCAAACAAAAAUAAU